AUGCCAUCCUUGGAAGAGGACUCAGCUGCUGAGUCUGUUGAGUCCUCUGACAGUGAUUGUGCAUCAAGCAUGCUCUUGGAUGACUCAAAGAUCCCCAAGCCUACUGGGGAGCCUGGAUGUCCUGGACAUGGAUGGUACACACUUGAAAUUGCUCUUGAUUGGAACUGUAAGAUGUAUGUGAAGUUCAAGAAACUUAUUUUCCACCUCAUUGAUGGACACUUGGAUGUCACAAAGUGUGCAUCUGCACAAAAUCCAACACUUCUCAGACUUGUAUGCAACAAGGCUGUGGCUGCAUUCCCAGAUCUUGAUAACUACACCAAUGCCUGGCCUGUCAGUGACACAAUAAUGAUGUGCCUGAAAUAUACAUCUGGUUGUGCAAGGCGCCAAGAGGUAGAGAUGGCAGCAGGGAAGACUAAGUGGGAGACCAGGUCUGCAAUGGAAUUGGUAAGCUAA